GACAGGUCAGGACUAUAUCAGCUCUCGUUUCAGAGACAAAAACUUAGUGGACAAAAGAGCAGCAGUUGCAGCAGCGAAAUAUUUUUGAAAAGUUUUGACUUGAUUUUCUUGUACUCAUGGCACCCAUUUUACUGAACUCCAUGGGGAACGACCACAGUGAAUAUAUCAAACAGCAGGUCCAUGUAAAAAAUCCCUACUUGCACACCUUAGAGGAGGACAUUCUCUACCACUUCAGCUUGAGCACCAAGUCUCACAACCUACCCGAGAUGUUUGGCGACAUUAAGUUUGUGUGCGUUGGCGGCAGCGCCAAUCGAAUGAAAGCCUUCGCCCAGUUCAUCCACAAGGAACUAAAUCUGCCUGGUAACCCUGCGGAAGUCCAUGAUAUUUGCGAGGGAACCGACCGCUACUGCAUGUACAAAGUGGGACCGGUGCUGUCUAUAAGUCACGGCAUGGGCGUGCCGUCCAUCUCCAUCAUGCUGCAUGAGCUCAUCAAACUGCUCCACCAUGCCCACUGCAGGGACGUGAUCCUCUUUCGUCUGGGAACAUCCGGCGGAGUCGGUCUGGCUCCGGGCACGGUGGUCGUGACGGAAAAGGCGGUCGACUACUCGUUCCGGCCUCAGUUUGAGCAGGUGGUUCUGGGUAAAGUCAUCACACGCAGCACGGAGCUGGACGAAGGGGUGGCCAGCGAGCUUCUGCAGUGCUCCACAGAACUGCAGAAUCUUCCCACCGUGAUCGGAAACACCAUGUGCACCCACGACUUUUACGAAGGUCAAGGACGGCUCGACGGUGCUUUGUGCUCCUUCUCCCACGAGGAAAAACUGGAGUAUCUGAGGAAAGCGUAUGAAGCGGGCGUGAGGAACAUCGAAAUGGAGUCCACCGUCUUUGCGGCCAUGUGUCGCGUGUGUGACCUUAAAGCGGCCGUCAUCUGCGUCACACUGCUGAACCGCUUCGAGGGCGACCAGAUUACGUCCCCUCACGACGUUCUGGUGGAGUACCAGCAAAGACCUCAAGUCCUGGUGGCCCACUUCAUCAAGAAACGCCUGGGACACAUUGCCUGAAAAGUCUUUGCCCUUUCAAAGCAAUGUAUGUAGAUAUGACAUGUACGUGUGUGUGUGCGUUGCGUGCGUGCGUGUGUGUUAAAAUAUACACUGUACCUAAUGUUCAUAUGUGCUAUUUAGACACUUUGUUUGGAAUAAGUUAAAUAUGAUGUAAAAUGGAUUUAAGUUUGUAUCGCGUCAUUGGAUGUGUCACAGUUUGGUGCUGCUGUUAAUAUGGAUUUUACAAAUAAUAUGUUUCUCUGGUUGUUUGAAAAAAAUAAAAAAUAAAAAGAA